AUGGGGGGCGGGCGGAAAAUAAAGCAGGGAGCUGCAGAAGUAGCUCCGAUAUUCCGGAGCCGCAAAGAUGGCGGCGCCACGCGGGAGGAAGAAGAUGGCCGCGAAUAUGACUCAGACUCAAGUGACAGGAGCAGAACAAUGGCAGCUACACCCCUCACCAAAGAGGACCUCCGCCAGCUACUAAGUGACAUUAAGGCAAAUAUGGCUACAGAAUUUGACAGGCACCUCACACCCAUCAGAGAAGGCCUGAUUGAUUUGACCCACAGAACCUCCACAAUUGAGGAACAACUGGACCUGACAGUUACACGCACAACAGCAACUGAAAAUGCCAUAACCGCCCUACAAGAACAGCUCCGACAGUUAGAGGAGGCACAAGAGGACCUGAACAACCGGUCCUGCCGAAAUAACGUCAGGAUACGUGGAAUACCAGAAACGGUCACAAUAGAGGCACUGGGCCCAACGCUGCGAGAGCUCUUUUGUGGCCUGCUCCCAGAGGCCACACCGGCGGAACUCCUACUAGAUAGAGUGCACAGGGCUCUCCGAGCACCUAUGCCCAAUGCAACCCAACCCAGGGAUGUUAUCAUAAGAGUGCACUACUUCCACAUUAAAGAAGCACUCAUGCAAGCGGCACGAAACACCCCCCUACAAAUAGAAGGUCACCAAAUCUCCUUCUACCAGGACCUGGCCCCGAGCACCCUGCGCAAAAGGAGGGAGCUGCGGCCCCUCACUCAGGAGCUCACGAGACAACACAUCCGCUACUCAUGGGGGCACCCAUUUAAGCUGCAGGUCCGGAAGAACAACCGCACCUACACCCUAUACAACACCGCGGAAAUGGCAGAUUUCGCAGAGAGCCUCGGCCUGGAUCCCACAAAUCUCGCCACGGACCCGAAUCCCAGAAGACACGACAGAGGCCCUCCGCCCAGAAAUGCACCACCGACAGCCCCGGCACGCCAGAUGCCGAAUAGCCCACGCAUUAGGGCCGACAACUAA